AUGCUUUCCUGUUUGUUUUUAAUUAGUUUAUUGAUACAACCUGGUGUAAAUCAAUAUUUGGGUUGUUUCAUUGAUCAAACUGAUGAUCGUGAUUUAACUACAUUCGUUGACCGUUUAGAUGAAUUGACAUCAGAAAAAUGUAUAUUAGCGUGUCAAAAACAAAAUUUUCCUUAUGCUGCUGUACAAUAUGGAAAUGAGUGUCGUUGUGGUGCAAAGUAUGGAAAAUAUGGACAAGUGUCGGAUACUGAGUGUAGUUAUCUUUGUUUAUCACGGCAAUCUGAUGACAAAUGCGGUGGAGAUAAUAGAAAUAGUGUAUAUAGUACAGGUAUACUGAGAACAGAUGUAUCGGAUUCAUGUAUGAAUGAUGUUGCUGGUUAUCAAGGAUGUUAUGAAAGAAUAACAUUGGGAAUUUCAAUUGGUCUGGUGGUUACUAUUCAAGAGUGCAUAACUAGUUGCAAAGAAUAUCCAUAUUGUGGUAUUAUGAAUGGAAAUUUAUGUUAUUGUGCCAUAAGCGAUAUUAAUUGGUCAUUGAAAACGCAUCCAGCGCUGUGCAAUAUACCGUGUUCAAGUGAUAUUACUAAAUGUUGUGGUGGUCUUGAAUUAUUUAGCUUGUAUGAUGUCAAUGAUUACUACGCAGCUGAUACUGAGUAUGGAAUAUUAAAUAGAGUUAGAGGUAAUUUCGCAAAUAUGGCAGUACCGUAUUCAGACCAUAUUCUGAAACGAACUUGA